UGAGUUGAGCAAGAGAAAGAAAAUGUCAGAUCAUGCCCGAGCCAGGUUGAUGAAACAUAACAGCAGAAGCAGCACCCCUCCUCUGCACUUACUGUGCCAACUUACCGCAAGAAAUAAAGGAACCAACUCACUUCAGAGAAGGUGUCCCGCACUUUGCAACGUCUGAAAGCCUCUCCCGGAGGCACUGCUGGAAGGGUUGAGCCACACAUUGAAAGAGCCAUGGAGGAGCAGAGGAGGCCCAGGAAGCUGGGCUCAAGCCGACGAAAGCAGCUGCGAGACGUGUUUGGUGGUGCAAAGACAUCCCCGAUCCCGGAGGAGGAGCCGUUCCCACCCGAAAUAAUGAAAAAGGUUCAGGAAUUCUUCCAGGAAUGCGACAAGGACCAGAAAGGUUUCAUCACACGUGCCGACAUGCAGAAACUGAAGAAGGAGGAUUUCCCAUGCAGUGCAGCGGAGCUGGAGCUGGUCUUUGAUGGUCUCGAUACCGACAGGAAUGGAUAUUUAACUACGGAGGAAUUCACCACAGGGCUCAAGCAGUUCCUGAGCUUGCAGACCGCGACAAGGCAGCACAGGAGGAGGAAGACAGCUUCCAGGAGGGUGUACAUGUCCCGCACAGACUACUCCCUGGAGGAAGCAGACAGCGAGGAAAGAAAAUGCUUCAGAGCAUUCAUGGACCAACUGGGAGCAGAAAAUAUCUUUGAAGACCAGUCAGAGAUUUGGAGGCUGUGGGUGAAGCUCCGUCAAGACGAGCCUCACCUGUUGGGGAACUUGGAGGAGUUCUUGGCCACGAUGACGCACCGGAUCAAGGAAGCUCGGAGUGAAAAGGUGACGCUGGAGCUGACCUUGAACAAACGGGUCACUGAUCACAACCGGGAGGUGCAGCAGCUGUACGAGGAAAUGGAGCAGCAAAUAAACCGGGAGAAGCAGCGCCUGCAGCAUGAGAGUAAAGCAAGAAGUCACCUGCACACCACGGAGGUGCAGAGAGCACUAGACGUUGUGGAUGGGGAAGUGCAGCGCUUGCUGGUGGUUCAAAGUGAGCUCGAGACCCAGUUCCACAGCCUCAGCACCAAGCAGCACGCUGCCACCAGCGAGAACCAGAGGCUGAAAGAAAACAACCAGGACCUGGAGAACCAGCUGCAGCAAAUCCACAUUCAGCUCCAGGAGACCCAAGGGCAUCUGGGUGCUAUGAGGGGCAGGAUAUCUCAGCCACACGACGAGGAAGGGAGGGACAAACCAUUGGCUGAGGCGACCUGUGAGAUCCCUCCAUCUUCCCAGGAAACUUUGAACAAGGAUAAAAUAUUCUGCUCUGAAACGUAUAUUAGACUUGGAUCCCAGCAGAGCGAUGAUAUACCAGACAGCUCCCGUCAGCCGGUGCCAUAUAGUAUUUCAUUUUCUCCUGAAGCUGAUUCGGGACAGAGGACAAGAGUGAUCUCCACAGAAGAAGACCCCUUCACAGAAUUUAUGAAAAAGGGAGAGGCAUACUUCCAGCAGGAAUUUUCAGGCCAAAGCUCUUUGCUCAGUGAACUGAAUGAUGCAAUAGCAGCUCUGAACAAGGUGUCUGAACCACAAGUACCAGGGACAGAUGACCUACUGCUUGAGGAUGCUUCUUUACAGCCAGCCAGACAAGGUGGGGAUUCUGAGCAAAGAAUCAAGCAGGUCAGAGAUUCAGAGCAUCAGGUGCUCUCAAGAAAUGACAAUGAACUGAAGGCCCUGCCUGAGGCACUUUCAGUCCUUCCCACCAAUCAGGCUACAUCCCAAAGAGAGGCUCUUAAACAGGGACCAACUCAAGCAGAACUUCAUGCACAGGAGGUGAAGCAGGCUCGGGCUUCUGAGCCAGCAAUGCAGGAUCAGGCUCAAAAACUCAUGAAGAAAGAGGUUGUUUAUGCAGAGAUGCAGCCCCCUGCUGUUUCAGAGCCGGCAGUGCAAACCACCAUUCACAAGCAGAACCCGCCAGAGGGAGGUGUUCUCCUGCCAGGUGUAUUGCAGCCUGGCAUUACAGAGCAGGCAGAUGAAAUUCAGAAGUGGGCAUCAAUGAAGAGAGAUGUGGUCCUUGCAGAUGAGUGGCCACCUGCUGUUUCUGAGCAGGCACUGCUGAAGGAAAAGCCUCCAGAAAUGAAAGCGCCGGAGGAGAAGACAUUUGAGCAGAGAGAACCACCAAAACAGGAGACACCACCAACUUAUUUCCCUCAUGUGGGAGCCCUGUACAAAGAAGGUGUAGAAAAUGAACAAGGAGAAGCCCUUCUCAAAGCCAGCCAGCUGGGGGAUACACUCCAGGCCAAGACGCAGCCCCAAAGCACUGGGAAACCAGAAGCGACACGGGCAGAAGAAACAAGAGGAGACAUGGGUAUUUUUCAACAAGAGGAGAAGCAAACGAGCAGUGUGAAAGCGAACGAGGAUGCAAUCCCCAAACUGGGAGGCCAAGGGUACCAAGCUAAUGUGACACCAGAGCAGCCAGGCAGAGCUGCUAAAGCCACCACGGAGACCUGCCCUGAUCCAGACCAUCUUUAUAACGUGUUGUUUGUGGGGGACUCAAACGUUGGCAAAACAUCGUUUCUGUACCGGUUACAUGAGAAUUCCUUCAACCCAAGCCUAACUGCUACUGUAGGAAUGGAUUAUCGGGUCAAAAACCUUUUUGUGGACAACAAGUGCUUUGCUCUACGCCUAUGGGACACGGCUGGCCAAGAAAGGUACCAUAGUGUCACCAAGCAGUUUUUCCGAAAAGCUGACGGAGUGGUGUUGAUGUAUGAUAUUACUUCAGAAUACUCCUUCGCAGACGUGCGGUACUGGCUGAAUUGUAUCCAGGAAGGAGCAGGAGAUGGAGUUGUCAUCCUUCUACUUGGUAACAAAACAGACUGUACCACAGAAAGACAGGUAUCUACUGAAGAGGGUGGACGCUUGGCUAAGGAGUGUGAGCUCUUGUUUUAUGAAUGCAGUGCUGCGUCAGGCCACAAAGUCUCUGAAUCUAUGAUUGACUUAGCCAGAUCACUGAAAGCUCACGAAGACAGAUUAAAAACUGAGGUGGUGGAGGUACCAGCAUCACCAAAGAAGAAAAGAGGUUGCUGCAGAUGAUCGAGAAACUCUGUGCUUUGAUCAAAAAAUACAGCCUGAAAGCAUAAAAAUGGCCCUCUUUUAACCUUCA